AUGUUGAUUACAUUAGAAGUGCAGGACAAACAGGAGCAGGAGCUGGAGCUGGAGCAGGACCAACAGCAAAGGAGAACCAAACCAGAAACGGCAGGACCCAAGAACCGGCUGAAGUGCAAUCAGCAGAAGGAAGCGAAGCUCAACGCUCGGACGCUCGACGAGGACGAGGACGAGGACAUUUGGGGACAGAGGCGGACAUCGGACAUCGGACAUCAUCGGCACGUACAACGAGACUGGGUUGAGUUGAAUCUGAAUCAUCGCCGCAUCGAGAAGCUGGAAGACUUGGAGCCUAUCAGACUUUUCAAGUGGCUGUCCCUGCGCUGUAAUCUGGUGAAGAAAAUCGAGAAGCUAUCGCUGCUUAAGACUCUGCAGGAGCUGGAGCUCUACGACAACCAGAUCAGGAUAAUCGAAAACCUCGAAAAGCCAACCAAUCCCAAGGUCCUGGACGUGAGUUUCAAUCGUCUAGCCCACAUCGAGAAUGUGGAGAGGCUGGUGCGACUGAAAAAUCCCAAUGCCAUCGAGAGCUGGCAUUGCUGUAGGCUCACGCUCUACUUGGAGUCCAAUCCGUUGGCCAACGAUGUGCGCUAUCGUCCAAAGUUACGUGACAUGUUGGCGCAGCUGCAGCAAAUUGAUGCCACAUUGUGCACGAGGCCAAAACCAGGUCAGUAG